AUUUCAUCGUUGGCCACCUGAAAAGACACAAGUUGAGCGAAGUUCAGUAAAGCAUAGGGCAUCUCUAAGAUAUCUCUUAAAAGUUAUAUUUGAGGGGGAAAUUUUCGUUUAGGAGAUUAAUCAUCAUCUAGCAGAUACCUUAUAAAGUUUAGUUCCUCAAGUAUGACUUUUUCCCUAAGACUUCCCCUCACUUGCUCAAAUUUAGUCCUGCAACGACUGUUCUCAGGAAAAAUAAGGCCGAACCCUGCUGCUUCCCGCUCGCCCACAGCUUCCCCCGCCGUCGCUCGCCCUGCCGCCGUCCAUCCCGGCCUCGAUGAUCGAUGAAGAAAGCCCCAACUCCGCUAGAGACCCACUGCCGACCGAAAAUUGGGCGCCGCAAGGACCAAAACGGCGGCGCAAAGGGAAGAACAUUAUCAAGAGCUCUCAAUCGCCGAUGGUGGUUGUCAUUCGCUCCGCCGCCACUACCCUACCACCCUUGUCGGUGCCGACCGGCAAAUGGGACUAUCGACCAUCGACGAAGGCGAACAACCUGACGGCCAGGACGAAGAAGGCUGCCAUUGCCCUUGGCCUCCUGCAGCCACGCUGCCACCCCCUCCACCUCCGGCGGCCGACGAAGGCACGAAUUCAGACGGAACUAGGAGCGAGGCCGACAUGCUCGAGGAUAUGCUUGCAAGUGAGCAAAUGAAUGAUGAUGCAGCCGAUUUCAUGGAACAAUUGAAUGUAAGCCACACACUCGGCCUUGAUGACAUUGCCAUGUCAAUGUCAUAUACCCAAGAGAUGAUGAGAAAUGCCGAGGGGUGGAGGAGGUCAAGGGGGCGGAAGGGUCAAGGAUACCCAAACAUAAAAAAAGAGCAGUUGGUCGUGCAACUACAAGACCAGGAAGACAAAGCUUUUUUGUGAAGCUUGGGUCAAUGUCUCUCUUGAUGCCACGCCGGGCCGACCAAAUAAAGGAGAAUUUUUGGCGGGGAUGGUGACGGCGGCGUUAAUGAUGGUGCCGAUGGUGACGACCGAGUGCGUGAGGCCCAUGUGAACUACAAUGGUUUUUGGUCCACCAUGUGUUUUUGAAUGAACUUGUUCAUUCAGUGCCUUUUGGCAUAAAUUAUGAUUAUUUUUAGUUGUUUGAGGGAUCCGAUGAAUUUUAUUUAUGUUCGUCGUUGAAUUAUGGUGUGGUGUUGAAUUGUGUAUGUUUGUUUUAAAAUGUGAUGAAUUUGUUUCAAUUGUUUGAGCAAACGGUUUGAAAAAAUUGGCAAAAUAAAAUUUCGAAGGGACUAAAUUUUAUGUGAUCCGCCAGGUGAAGAAACGUUCAAUUCCUUAAAAAAAACUAUAAGGAAAUGGAUAAGCGGGAGGGUUUGCGCUUUCAGAUAAGGGGUCUGCCCUUGCCAUCUCAAUGGAAAAUCCAUAACGUCAAAUGAUUCAACGUGUUGCCACAAGACGAGGUGGAGGA